CAUACGACACAGGGUUCCGCAGAUAAAUAAAAAUAUAAUCGAUGCAGUUUUAAAAAAUAUAUCAUAAAUAUGUGAACCGUUGACUGAGUCUGUGUUUUUAAUGUCCAACUUCAAGUUCAGUUCAUUGGAAUAAUUUUAUCUAAUGACUUUUUAAUUAAAAUUUAUACAACAAAAUGUUGACUAGUGCAAAGUGCUUUAUUUUAAUUGGAAUUGCUAUAUUGCGAGUCUCUGUUACAGAAAGUCAAGAAAACGAAAUUCCUUCCGAAAAGAAGGCGCAAUCAGUUAGAGACUUGUUUAACACGACAUCGUGUAUACAGCCUCCUUACCGAUGCCCACAUCCGAAAAUGCAGUUCUUUCUUUACACCAGAACCACACAAGAAAAAGGUGAAUUAUUAAAUACAUUAGACAACAGAUCUCUAACAGCCUCGAACUUCAAUCCACUCCAUCCAACGAAAAUAGUCGUGCACGGAUUCGGCGGAGGCAGGAACCUGUCGCCUAGUACUGAUAUGCGGAAGGCUUACUUCACAAGGGGCAAUUACAACAUCAUCAUCGUGGAUUACGGAAGUCUCGUGAAAGAGCCGUGCUUAAGUCAGAUAGAAUGGGCUCCGCGUUUUGCCAGUCUCUGUAUAACACAGCUGGUAGAAUAUUUACAAUAUCACCCAAAGAAGCAAGUUCAGCCGGAACAAAUACAUACUAUUGGGUACAGUGUCGGCGCCCAUAUACUAGGCCUUGUGGCUAAUUAUUUAAAAGUCGGAAAACUUGGCAGGAUAACUGGCUUAGACCCGACUAUUUUCUUCUACAUGGGCAACAAUAGAUCCCGUGACCUGGAUCACACGGACGCGUUAUUUGUGGACAUUUUGCAUACUGGAGCCGGAAUCCUUGGCCAGUGGGGUCCGAACGGUCACGCGGAUUUCUAUGUCAACGGAGGCUCCAGUCAACCUGGUUGUGCUCAUGAUACCAUAUUCCAAACAUUGUCCUGUGAUCAUACGAAGGUGACGCCGUACUUCAUUGAGUCAAUAAACAGCAGAGCCGGCUUCUGGGCGGGUCCUUGUUCUAGCUUGUUUUCAUACUUAAUAGGCUGGUGUGAACCCAGAGACACUGAAUACGUGCUGAUGGGAGAACAUGUUAGUCAUAAUGCCAGAGGCGUAUACUACGUCACCACUAACGCGAAGCCACCGUACGCUAGAGGCUUCCCGGGCAAAUCGAGACGGCUUCGGCGACAGACAUCACUCACCAAAAGCUGACAACCAAAAAAUUACUUAAUAACAACCUUAUUAGUACGAUAAUUAAGUGUAAACUGAUAGUCGUAAAUGAAAUUUGUAUUAGGUACGUUAGAAACGUCCAACGGAACGUUUGAAUGAAGUCGUAACCAAAAAUAAUAAUGUUAAUUUAAUGCGCAUGAAGAAAAUAAUGUUUUUAUGGCUGUAGAUGAGCAGAAUAGCUCACGGCUGCUGUUAAAUUGCUGAUAGCUUGAAGUCGAAGCCUCAGUUUGUAGGUAUUAUCUGGCCCUGAAGCUAUUGUUUAAGGCGCGAUUGCUUCGUGGCAGAGGUUAAUUCUUACUGAUUACCCGUGCAACCGGACAAUACAACCGCGUGCCAACAAAAACCACGCAAACUUAUCAAUUCUGCUUCUUUGAUAUUUAUUACGCGAAACUUUCCAUUAAUCGUGAAAAUAUUCGUGGACACGUUUUAUAUUUACUCACGUAUUUAUUACACUUCAAAUUUUUUAUCACCUUUAGGAUUUUUGAUUUGGUUGGUUGAGUUGGAUUCGAAUUCACCGUGUGUCUCGUUCAUUACACCACGAACGCUUUAUCCAUUAGUUUAUCAACUUCUAGAGGUUCUAACAACAGCUUGUCCUAAGAUGGGUUUCCUUUGCUUGUAUAGUUUUACGAAUGAAAUAUGUAUGUGUCAAGAGCUAAGGCUUUGUUAUAUGAAAGAAAUAACCAAUAAAUGUAGUUUAAAAAUUAUUUAAAAAAAACAUGCUUAAAUAGAAAAACCAAACAAUUAAUGUCAUUUUUUUAACCGGUUGGCACAGGCAAAGUUAUUUAAAUCAUCAAA